CAAAUUUGUUUCGGUAAACUCUACCAGCAGCUCGGUGUCCACCAUGUUAUCCAAUACUUUCCGCCUUCGCCCUUCCAUAGUAUUGUUUGGCGACUCCAUUACGGAACAAGCCUUUGGCGUGGAUGGCAACGUGGGGUGGGCCUCGUUGUUGGCCGCCGCGUACAGUCGACGCGCCGACGUUCUCAAUCGGGGCUUUUCCGGCUACAACACGUCCCACGCCGUGGAGCUCUUACCGCGUGUCUUUACGGGACCGCUUGAUUCGCCACCGCUCUUUGCGACCGUCUUUUUCGGAGCCAACGACGCGGCGUUGCCCGGAGAACCGCAACACGUACCUCCGGACGACUACGAACGCAACAUCGAAACCAUUGUAGCGCAUUUGCGACGCACAAACGUUUCUAGCCCGGCGGUACCAAUUGUCAUUUUAGUGACUCCUCCACCGGUUUUGGAAUCGGCCUGGGCCGACUUUUUGCAGACCCGGGCGGAUACCACAGGGGAGACCCGGGGGUCCGACCGGGACAACACAACCACUCGCCUAUAUGGCGAACGCUUGCAACGAGUUGGAAUCAAGUUAUCAUGCCCUGUGCUGGAUUGUUGGAACUUGUUAGGUGGUGAUUCCGAGGACCGUGGUCGAUAUCUGUCGGACGGGUUGCACCUGAAUCCGGCCGGAAAUCGAGCCGUCUUU